CCUUUCUGUGUGGUUAUUGGCCACAGCUGAGCAGACCGGGAACAGUUUGAAAGUUAUUGGUAACAGGGUGUGUGCGACUUUUCCGUUUGUGUGUAUAUGACAAACUGGUUCGAAUCUGUAAUGUCGGUAAUUUACCGUUUAUAGUGCCUUUAACAAGAGCCUAAGAACACAAUUUUAUUGACAUUAUCGCUUAGAAGGAGUCGAACGAAUUUGCCACUUUUGGGCGAAAAGCGUCGUGAACAAACGCCAUGUCUGACGUACAAGUGGCGGAUUUGUCGUCGUUCGUAAACGUCGAAUUCGAAGAAGAGGACAAUAACAACAACGACGUUCCCGUCGUGACACAAGCUCUCUUCCAGAAUGAACCGGAGGAUGAGUAUGAAAGUGAGGACGAUGAAGACACUGAUGACGAUGACAGUGGCACAGACAACUUUCACUGUGAAAAAUCAGGGACUCAGCUGCAGAGAUGUGAACGCAGUGGUGGAGGAGCCUCAGCUCUGCCUGACACCUUUCAGACCAGCCACUUGCUCUACUAUGAGAGGUUCAAGGCGUAUCAGGACUACAUGCUGGGAGACUGUAAACCAUCUGAGGUUAAGGACUUUGUAGCAGACUACCUAAAGAAGGUGGUGGAGCCGUGUGAUUGGCAGGCUUUGUGGUGUACCAACGUCUUUGAUGUUCUUGUAGAGGUGUGUGAUCUUGACGAUCUGAAGGCGUGUGUGAAGCUGGUGCUACCGCUGCAGUGUGACACCAGAGGCUGUGACCUCACUGAAGACUCCAUGAAAUCUCUGCUGGAGGCCACCCAGCACAAGGUCUCUCUGCAGGAGCUGCACGUGGUCUUUGACGAGUCUGGUGAACUCGAUCAGACUGCCCUGGCUCUGGAGCAUCUGAGGUUCUUCAACAAGCACAUCUGGAGGCAGUGGGAUGAUGAAGAUGAAGAUGAUGACUUUGACUACUUUGUUCGUUGUGUCGAACCCCGUCUCAGGCUAUACUAUGACAUCCUGGAGGACAGAGUUCCAGCCGGCUUAGUGGCAGAGUAUCAGUCUUUGCUGGAGAAAACCUCUCAGUGCUUCCAGGCCUUCACUGCUCUCCGCAGCGGCCUGAGCACAGACUCUGACUCUGAGCUCGAUAACGUCUCCAUGGUCGAGGGUCUGAAGCUCUACGACCAGCUGGAGACAUUCAAACGCAAACUGCACAUCAUCGAGAACCCCUUGUUGAGGUAUGUGCUAGGCUACAAAGGAAAUGCCAGGCAGCAGUGUGUUCAGAGUCGUGGCCAGAGAGAGUCAGGCGUGAAGGUGGUCCAUGUCGUCACAUCCUCCUGCAGCUCCACCCAGCUUCAGUCUCUGCUCACUACCAGACUCCUGCCUCUGUCCUCCAGUGGAGACGCAGAGAUCCAGUUUCACAGAGAGCCAGUCUCGGCCGUGGACUCGUGUCACGAGGACGACAUGGUCAUUGUUCUACCAGGCUUUUACAGUGUCAACAGCACCAUCUUCAUACCAGACUCCGUCACUGUAGAAGGUUUUGGUUUUCCUGAUGACGUGGUGAUUGAGAAGAAAAAUAACGGUGACUCGUUUUUGGAAUGCACAGGGGCCAACGUCAAACUGUCCAACAUCAAAUUUAUUCAACACGGCGCCAUUGAAGGCAUUCUUUGUGUGCGUCAGGGAACACUGACCAUGGAGAACUGUGUGCUGCAGUGUGAGACCACUGGAGUUAUUGUCCGCACGUCGGCCCACCUGAACAUGAACAUGUGUGACCUGUAUGGAUCUAAGGGGGCAGGGGUAGAGAUUUACCCCGGCAGCGUUUGCAGUCUCAUCAGUAGUGCCGUCCAUCACUGUAAGGACGGGAUCCUCAUCAAGGACUUUGCAGAUGAACUUGAUACACUGCCAUCCAUCACCAUGGAAAAUAAUGUGAUCCACAACAACGAAGGUUAUGGAGUGAUAUUAGUGAAGCCCAACACAGGCGACCAAGAGGGCCCUCCAGUGGACAGGAGUGACGAACAACCAGGUAAAGAGUUUCAUGUCAGAGCUGCUGAAACUGAGGAGCAGGGAGGAACUUCCAUCCCAGGCUCCGCACCUUCGUUGUUGUCAUCGUCCUCCGGCUCCAGCUCUGCAGCCGCUCAGCCCAAAUCCUCAGAGAACAUCAGCAGCAGCAGCACAGAGGGAGACGUGGCCUCCAGCUCAGGCAGGAAGUGGCAGAUAAGUCGCCAGCUGAGCAGAAACAAAGAGACUUGCAGCCGAGCCGUGGAGGAUCUGACGCAGCACGAGAUCUUCCUCUCCUUCAAAGGAAACCAGUUCAAGCGGAACGGCAUGGGCGACUUUGGCACCUUUUACUACUGAAGACUAUAUUUUUUUAAAACAUCAUCAGUUGCUCCGAGGAAUCACUCUUCGCUGACGACAUCAUAUUUUAGCUGAUUUCAUAUUAAGUGAAAUAAAUUGUGUUGAAUUAUGUGCAGAAUAAGGAUGGCUGUAAUAUUAAUUAGUGUGUUUAUAACAGCAGUGGCUUCAGAUUUUAGAUUAUUUAUUUUCUUUGGGCUCCUGAUGCAUAUUUUAAUUUUUUUUUUUCAAACUCUUUUUCAGUUCUUUUAGUUUUUGCUGAUAUCACUUCUGUUAAAUGUGAUUCUGAAGGUGGUGGCACCUGAGCACUAUAAUUGGUUUGUUUGUUCACACGUGAUAAGGUUUUUGUACAUGGUGUAAAAAGGUUAAUUUUACAAUUAUCGGGAUUUUUAGGGUUGAUUUUCCAGGGUUUUUUUUUCAAGUCUUAUGGUUGGUUCUCUGAGUGUAGCUGCAUGACGAGUGUACAAUAAGAUUUAGACGGUGAUGGAGUUCAGGUGAAGUGAUAGUUGAGGGGUUUUUGAAGUCACUUGGUGAAUGGAUGUCUGUUCUUUCACAUCUAACGUUGUCUUUAAGAAUAUGAUCACUGCUUUCUCAUCGUUACAGAGCCAGUUCUGCCGCACCAAAACCCAUAGAGAAAUGUGGUGUUUCUAAUUUUUGCCGAGUCACCAAAUCUCCCGUCAGAUAAGUUCCUCACCUUUCAAAGAUUUUUUUUUUAAUUCACUAAGUGUCAUAUUUCUGUUCACUUUGGUGGGGGAUGAAGUGUAUCGGCAAUGCGGCUGCUGGUAAUUUAUGUAGCAACACAUUGUAAAUAGAGCGACAUGAACAUAUAAUUGAACGGACGCCAUUUUACGACAAAACUGCCUGUAUUUUCAUUGUUUUAAUUUGACUUCCAAGCUGCUUGUU